AUGCCCCCAAAAACCCAAGAGGCUGAUGACAAGCGUCAAGCCGCCAGAGAAGUCAUCGAUAUCCUUCAGGAGAUCUCCGACCUGCUGAACACAAACCUGGACCGGACAGAGCUGUCGCUUUGUGUGUCUCUCAUUGAAAACGGGGUCAACCCCGAUGCUUUGGCGACUGUCAUCAAGGAUCUGCGCAAGGAGACUGGUUCGAAGCGCGUAGGUAAUGCUCACGUGGAGUAA